AUGUCAACCUUCAAACAAUUCAACAUCACUUGCAGAUACGGAGGAGUUUUUCACGUGGAGAAGAACGGCCGCUACAGCCUCACACGAUCCGAAGCCAUCAAGCUCUGCAGAGCUCUCAAUAGCACCUUGGCAACACUACAGCAGGUGGAGAAAGCAAAUGAGCUUGGAUUUGAAACUUGCAGGUAUGGUUUUGUGGUGGGGCACAUUGUUCUCCCACGGAUCAAGCCCUAUCACCUGUGUGCAGCAAAUUACGUCGGCGUUUACAAGCUGCCCGCCAACGCCACGGGGCGCUACGACGCCUACUGCUACAACGGGACAGAAACAAGGAACCAGACAUGUGAGCCUGUUGAAAGCCUGGAUGCUUCUUUCCUCUCUGAUCAGGAUGAAAUAGUCAUCGACAAUGCAGACGGCUCCCGUUACAACGCCGACGGCACCCGCCACGGCGGAGAAUCCUUGACCUCAGGUGGGGAUGAGGACAAUGUAGGUAGUGGAUUGACACAUGACACAACGCCCAUGGAUGCUUCCAUCCGGAGAUCCAGCCCAUCAUAUUAUGGAAGCGUGACUCCAGCCUCACAGCUGCCAGACCAUUCUUCAGGCGGGGGUGAAAAGGACAUUCCUAUCAGAUAUUUUGCUCCCUUGGCUCCUCAUGACGACCUGGAGAAAGCCACCACCCAAGCUUGGUGGAAUCCACUCUCAAACCACUGGUGGUGGUCAAAUCCUGGAGAGAAGACGCAAGGACCCACGCAAGCAACCAAGGCAGAUGUGACCUCGAGUGGCAAUGGUUCAGAUGAUGAAGACUCUUCAGAGGAGGUGCCUUACCCAACAGUGUUUGCAGGCUGGGACAGAAGUGUGGUCAAGGAUGAGCAUGCUCCAAGCACGACUCCCUUGGCUCCUCAUGACGACCUGGAGAAAGCCACCACCCAAGCUUGGUGGAAUCCAUUCUCAAACCACUGGUGGUGGUCAAAUCCUGGAGAGAAGACACAAGGACCCACGCAAGCAACCAAGGCAGAUGUGACCUCGAGUGGCAAUGGUUCAGAUGAUGAAGACUCUUCAGAGGAGGUGCCUUACCCAACAGUGUUUGCAGGCUGGGACAGAAGUGUGGUCAAGGAUGAGCAUGCUCCAAGCACGACUGUGGACUCGCAGCAUGGGACGCUCCUGGAGAUCUCCACACAAGAUCCUUGGAACCCUGCCUAUACAGAUGAAGAGGAGCAGUAUCCUAGCUCUGCUGGCAGGGUCAUCAUCUUAUCAGCAGUAGUUACAAGGGAGCAGGAAAAGCAUCAAGGACCAACCCCACCUCCACUGAUACACAGUGCUCACUCAGGAGGAGGGAGCAGUCAAGAACAAAAUCCUGCAAGUACAACCAGGAGUAGUCAGCAAGAGGAAUUUACUGCUACAGGUGAAAAUGGCACUGGAAAGGAAUCUUCUCCUACAGCUGUGGUCUCCAGCCAUGGGGCCACACACAACGACUCUGCAUUGGUGUAUCCAGGCUGGGAGCAGGGAGAGGAUUAUGCCACACAAACUGCUGUAAUGGAUAGAAUUAUUCCUUCCAGAGACAACAAUCACCACAAAGAGUCUUCCACUACAGUUGCCUCUACUGAUGGUGCCCACCAUGAAGAUCCAACUCAGCCACCUCUACCUUCAGAUACUGAACCAGGACAGGGCACUGAAGGCAUCAUGCAUCCCACAGACAUCCCUGGGAAUGAGCUCCUCCACACGACCACAGCUCGUACGGGCACAGCUGGAGAUGACCCUCCUCUGAUGGGUACCAUUGUGGUAACUGCAGUUGCCUCUGCUGAUGGUGCCCACCAUGAAGAUCCAACUCAGCCACCUCUACCUUCAGAUACUGAACCAGGACAGGGCACUGAAGGCAUCAUGCAUCCCACAGACAUCCCUGGGAACGAGCUCCUCCACACGACCACAGCUCGUACGGGCACAGCUGGAGAUGACCCUCCUCUGAUGGGUACCAUCUCACCAUCCAUGGAUGAUGUUAAUCAAGAGGAAGCAACCACAGAGCCACUGGCAGCUGGCACUCUACCUGGAGGUGAAAGCCAAGAAGCCAACAGCACAGAGGGUUCCCAUGGCAGUUGGAUACCUGCACUUUUCCCAGACACUGAAGAUGAUCUCAGUCAAUUGCAGACCCCUCUUCCUACCAGAUCUACCUCCAGUAAUUAUGGCAACCAAGGACCACACAAGGGCUAUUAUGAAUCCACCACUUCCCCUGGAGAGACUACGACAACAAAAAUCACCUCACAACCACGGUCAGCACAGGUACCAGAAUGGCUGAUCAUCGUGGCAGCUCUGCUGGCGCUGGCGCUGAUCCUGGCGGUGUGCAUCGCGGUGAACAGCCGCAGAAGAUGUGGGCAGAAGAAGAAGCUAGUGAUUAACAAUGGCAAAGGGGCAGCGGAGGAUAGGAAGACAAGUGGGUUGAAUGGAGAUGCCAGCAAGUCCCAAGAAAUGGUGCACUUGGUUCACAAAGAGCAGUCAAACGACCGAACAGGAGCUUGUGAGGAAUUCCUGACUGUUAAUGAGACACAAAACCAUCAGGAGCUGGACAUGAAGACUGGAGUCUAA